UAACUUAAAUGCGUCAAUUUUCAAGAGUGGUCACUCAUCUUUUGUUAGCCUGCAGGCCGUAAUAAUCUAAUCCCACAAUGAUUCCAGAUGAAUAGGAGGAGUGUAUAUAUUCAAGGCUUAUUAAGCUGUCAUUAGAACACUCCCAAAGUCUCGAAACGACUGGAGUUAACUAUGUCUUCAAAGAUUAGAUUGUUAAUCUGUUUAUUCAUUCUUCAUCCGUGUGUUGCUUUGACUAGUGUUUCAGGGCGCAAGAUAGGGAUAUAUGAGAUAAAGAAAGGAGAUUUCUCUGUUAAGGUCACUAAUUAUGGUGCCUCAAUCAUUUCCGUUCUUCUUCCUGAUAAGCAUGGAAAAAUAGGUGAUGUUGUUCUUGGAUAUGACACCAUCGAGGAAUACCUGAAUGAUACAAGUUAUUUUGGGGCAUUACUUGGAAGGGUUGCUAAUCGGAUUGGUGGUGCUCAAUUUACUUUGAAUGGAACCCUUUAUAAGCUUGUCCCCAACGAAGGAAAUAAUACGAUUCAAGGUGGUCCUAAAGGAUAUAGCAAAGUUGUCUGGAAAGUGACUAAGUACGCGAAAGAUGGUCCCUGUCCUUACAUAACUCUAACCUACUUCAGUCCCGACGGUGAUCAAGGAUUUCCUGGUGAUGUUCUUGUCUCUGUUACUUAUGCAUUAAAAGACCCUUACAAACUUAGUGUGGAUUUUAAGGCAAAAGCACUGAACAAGGCCACUCCAAUUAACUUGUCUCACCACCUUUACUGGAACAUUGGUGGUCACAACAGUGGCGACGUCUUGUCCCAACUGGUUCAAAUUUUUGCAUCACACAUCACCCCAGAUGACAAUCAACACAUCCCCACAGGCGAAAUCUCCCCUGUCAAGAACACGCCCUACGACUUCCUUAAACCCCAUAAGGUGGGGAGCAGGAUCAAUAAACUUCCAAAUGGAUAUGACAUGAACUAUGCACUCGACAGCACUGAAAAAAUGAAACCCGUGGCAAUAGUUUAUGAUAAGAAGUCAGGAAGAGUGAUGGAUGUCGAAGCUUCUGCACCUGGUGUGAUACUCUACACUGCAAACUUUGUCAUUAAUAUAAAAGGGAAAGGUGGAUUUGUGUAUCAGCCUCAUUCAGCAUUGUCUUUGGAGACUCAAGGAUUCCCCGACGCUGUGAAUCACCCAAAUUUUCCAUCGUCAAUUGUGACUCCAGGAAAUACCUACGUCCACUUCGUGAUAUAUAGCUUCUCCAUCAAAAAAGACUAGAAUGCUGGCUUGUGUAUUUUGUAUCCCUCUGAAUAUCAUCUACUUAAAUUGAUAUAUGUAUCAACGUUAUAUCUACAUGUGACAAUUGACAAAUAAGGCCUAAUAGUUUUACUUUGUUUGAAGUGUUUGUCUGGAGUUUUCAUGUUUGUUUGAUUGUUUGGACGAGAGU